CGAGCGUAUAUGAUCGCAGUCCUCGGGGCUCGGGGUGCCAGAUGCGUGAGAGCUGUGAUCGAACUGUGCAGAAUUUCUGGGAGGCCAUUCCAGGUCCCAACACCCCACAUCGUUGCUCCGAUCCUCGAGCCUUGCCCAUUCGAUUCGGCUGAACCCCGCUAGACAUCUCGCCGAAUUCGGGCAGUCGUCUUGCAUACACAACAUGGACUCGGGAGUGUCAGCCUCCCGGAUGCACCACUGCCCUGUCUUCCCAAGUCUCCUGGCGCUCUUCACCGCGAGCUGAACUGCCUAGGCGGCCACUUAGACAGAGUCCGCAUUUGGGCACGAAAAAAACCAAUCUUUGCGUUGAUUUUAUACAUAGCUUCUGUUAGAUAUUCCUUCUUUCAGGCUCGCAGUCUCGAUCGAACAUCGUCGAGACUGACAGAUUUCUAAUUCUCGAUCUGAUUUCGGGUUCGAGACCCGAUGAUUAAAAAGACGGUUGAUGAUUCCAGAUUUUUACUUGACAACACGCGUUCAGAGUUAUCGACAUCAGGCUCGUCGUCCAGCGUCCGGCGAGGGAGCUAACGGGAUUAGAAGCGGAUCUACGGCGCUUGAGGGGGGCGGCGGAGAAAUCAGAGCACGCUCAUGGUGAUGGGUGGACCGAGACACAGGGUCCUCGUCGUCUACAUCGCCGUUUGCCUUCUGCUCGGGUGCACGCGGGCGCAACAGACCAGCUCUCAGACCUCGAAUUUCUGGUACUCGGCGCAUUCGGCCGUCGAGGUCCCGUUCUCCAACCAGAGCAUCAAUGUGUUCGCGCCGGCGUCAGGAUUCACGGCCGGGGGCACGGCGCUGUGCCUGACGCAGCCCAUUCCGACGGGGCAGAUCGUGAACGCAGACGCGUCCGGGCGCGGCCUGGCCGUGCUUCCGGUGCAGGUCCGGGACCCCGCGACGCAUGGCGCCCUGUCGUGGAGCACCAUGUUCAGCUUCUGGAUCCAGUCGAACAGCGCGUACGAUCCCGGCGAAGGGUUCGCCUUCAUCAUGUCGCCGGACAACUCGUCGACCGGCAGCGCGGGCAGCUUCCUGGGAUGGCUCAACGGCACGACGCAGGGCCAGGCGCUGGGCAACUUCGCCGUCGAGUUCGACACGGUUCAGAACGCCGAGUUCCAGGACCCCGCGCGCUACCACGUAGGAGUCAAUGUCGACAGCCUCGUCUCGCGGUGCACCCAGCAGUCGGGGUACUGGGACGCAGGCGAGUUCCGGCAGUUCAGCCUGACGUCCGACGACGAGGUCUGGAUCUACGCCUGGAUCGAUUACGACGCGGGGGCGAAACUGAUCUCCGUGACCGUCAGCCCCUCGAAGGCGCGGCCCAUGGUUCCCAUGCUGACGUGCGCGCUCGAUCUGUCGCCCGUCCUGCGCGACGAGAUGUACGUGGGAUUCACGGCGUCGACGGGCAACGACAACACCACCGAGAAGGUGCACAUGUCGCAGCACUCGGUCUACGAGUGGAGUUUCAGCAGCAACGGCUCGGCGCCGGAGAACAUCUUCGGCAACGUGUGGAUUUCGAACCUCGCGCCGCCGAAGACGAACGUGCUACCGAUCGCGAUCGGAGUCGCGGGCGGCGCGGGGCUGGUGCUUCUGGUCGCGCUCCUGGGCGCCGCGGUCUACGUCCGGAAGUACAAGCCGCGCGCGACGUCGUUCCAGGUGGCCGAGUUCGGCGUUCUGGACUGCGUCCGAGGGCCGCAGAUUUUCAGCUACAAGGAGCUCAGCAACGCGACCAAGGCGUUCAGCGAGAAGCAGCUGCUGGGGCGCGGCGGCUUCGGCAAGGUUUACAAGGGCGCGCUGUCCAAGACCGGCGAGGAGAUGGCCGUCAAGCGCAUCAGCAAGACCUCGACGCAGGGCGCGCAGGAGUUCGUGGCCGAGGUGAAGGUGAUCGGGCGCGUGCGGCACCGGAACCUGGUGCCGCUGCUGGGCUGGUGCCACGAGCGCGGCGAGCUGCUGCUGGUGUACGAGCUCAUGCCCAAUGGCAGCCUGGACAAUUUGCUGUUCGACCGGAACAUGGAUCCGGCGGCUGAAGUGCUGUCGUGGAGCAGGCGGGUGAAAAUUCUGAGCGGCGUCGGGGCGGCGCUGGCGUUCCUGCACGAGGAGUGGGAGCAGCGAGUGGUGCAUCGCGACGUGAAGGCCAGCAACGUGAUGCUGGAUGCGGAGUUCAACGCUCGGCUCGGCGAUUUCGGGCUCGCUCGUCUGUACGAUCACAGCCAGGCGCCCAACAGCACCUUGCACAUCGCCGGAACCGUGGGCUACAUGGCGCCCGAGCUCUUCAACAACGGCAAAGCCACGGAGAAAACCGAUGUCUACAGCUUCGGAGCCUUGGCUCUGGAGAUCGCCACGGGAUUGCAAGCCUCGAGCACUCCCGACAAAUCCCAGAGUUUGGUCGACUGGGUGUGGACCCUGUACCGGGAUGAUCGAAUUUUGGAAGCAGCCGAUAGCCGGCUGGAGCAAGCGUUCGACAUUGACGAGAUGACCAUCGUUCUGCAAGUGGGGCUUCUGUGUUCGCAUCCCGACGCGGACUCGAGGCCGACCAUGAGGCAAAGCCUGGCCAUUUUGAAGGGCGAGGUCCCUCUGCCCAUGCUCCCCCUCACUAAGCCCCUCCCGACGUUCGCUUUCAGCAUGAAGCGGAGUGACUACAAUCUGUUCUCGGACACCGCGACACCUCAAGCUGAUUUUGACGAGAUCUCUUUGGACAGUCCUAACACAAAGUCCAGUUUUAGCACCUGGUCGACUCGCUCAAUCGAUCAUACUCUCAACGGCCAGCAGCACGAUAGAACUUCUUCUGUACAGCCAGCCCCCCGCUCAGAUUAGCCUGUAUUUCUAGUGAGCCAUGUGUUCCAGUUAGUACAUAUUUGAUUGUGGAACCUUGUCAGAAAUUUGUACACUAUAUUUUUCUCUCGUGACUGCUUCGCCAUCGGCGGCAUGAGUGUAAAUUACUAAACUGGCAGAAAAACUUAUGCAGAAUAAAUCCAUUGGCGAAACUUCACGGUUUCACCUCAGAAAAGUAAACGAGAACCUGUAAUUAGAUGAGAGGAUGGGACACGGAACGGGUACAGAUAUGUGAAAACUUCAUUCCUAGUUUCAGAUACGCAGACAAAGGCCCCGCAAUCUGAGGUCAACGAGGACGAGCUUUCAAGAGACCAAGUUUUCUUGCGGAGAAAUGUGACAGACGUUUGGUAAAUUGCAUGGAUCCGAAAUCACUGUCAAUAUUCAAACAUCUGAUGUGGAUGAGAUCAAGCUUACCACCCUGCUGUACAGAGUUCCUAACGGGUGAGGUUUUCGCCCACUUCAAAAUUCAUGGUGGCAGGUCUGAAUGCGAGUUCUUAUCACCUGUCUCCUCAUCCCCUAUCUCCUCGUCGAAUACUCUCAUACAUCUCAUCACUAGGAUGUCGAAUUUCUUUCUCCUUGCUGUCUUUGAAAUGGACAAUAUUGAGGAAAUCAAUUCUCAGAAAAAAUGUGAGGUUGAAAUUGGUCGUUUUUGAAUAAAUAUCGGCCUACGUAACGAAUAGGUCGUGCACGGUUGUUCUUGAACUCCAGUUUCGGUAAUCUCAUUCAGCCUUCUUGACGAAUAGCUCGUUUCUUUAUGAAGCUCUUCGUGAUCUGAGCUUUGAAUACUCGGCUGAGCUAGUUUUUUAAGGAAGUCCUUCUAGAUGGAUAUCGAGCCCGAUUCUAGCUAACCAGGUGACUAUAAGAGCAAAAACAGGCAACUGUGUGCAAGUCGUAGGAGGACAAACCGUCUGACGGUGCAGUAUGAUACUGCACCGUCAGACGGUCUGUCCUCCUACGAAGCUGAUACUGCC